CCAGUUUUUUGUCCGUUGGACUUGUUGGAUUUAACGGGAGGAUCAACUUUGAACCAGGUUUGGACAGGUGGAACACGCUGAAGGGCGAGGGUCGGACUUUGAACGAACCGGGGUUGGACAGCUGGAGCGAGUAGCACGGCGAAGAUCAGACUUCUUACCAGGUCCGCGCAGCUGGAACAAGCAGCAGAGGGGGAGGAGAAGGCUUUGCACCAGGUUUGCCUUGCUGGAACAACAAGAAGCAAGGUGACCCGCAUGGCGCAAAUGUCGCACGGUGCACAGCAUGGUGGCUGGGCGGCUGGGAGAGCGAUGGGUAGAAACCAAGGAAGGAAGGGUGGGGGGAUGGGGCCAUGGCAGCGGGGAGCGAGCAGACGCAGGAAAACGCGCACUUUCAUUCUCAUCUUUUCAACUUGCUUUUUGGUCUUUGCGUGGAUCGCUGUCCGUCGGAUCUUUUCCGAAGGUAUGAUCCACGGUUACCAUCGCAAUGUGAUGAAUUCUAACAUCGCUACCGGUAGUGGGGAGACAGAUAACGAUGUGAAAACGGAGAAUGUGAAAACGGAGAAUGUGGAAACGGAGAAUCGAACACAGGGGGGUGAAACGUCCGAAGCGCUUAAGGAUCAAAAGGUAUCGCCUGAAAGGCUCAGCAAUCUGGGCAAUAUGGAUAUGCCAACGCGCUCCGUCAAUGGCAGUCGAAAACGUCCAACAGGGAUAGGCAAGGGCUUGAUAAGCCCAAGCGGUGCCUGUGUCCUUGGCUUGUCACGUUGACAAACCUGACAAGUCUCGACAUAUGUUUUUGCAUCGUCCAUCAUUGUGGGCCAGUAGUAAAUUUGCUGCUGUCGU